UUCACAUCAACGCGUUCUCGGUAUAGGUUUUAGCCAUUAUUUAUUCGCAAUAAAUGCGAAUGCAAUUGCGAAAAUUAGUUUGAUUCGCUAUAUUUGCGAAGUAGCAACAACAUAAUUCAUUUUAUAACUAAUCGCGCUCAUAUUGCAUAGCUUUUACUUCGUCUAUAAUACGUUUUCAUUUUGCCUAAGUUGUGCGCGUGAGUGUGUGUGUAUAUAUUUUUGUGCGUGACGCGCUGCUGCCGCCAUUCAAGAUUGAAGCGAAAAAAUGGAUUUGGCGAAGCUGGAUAAGAUGAAAGUGGUGGACCUGCGUACCGAACUACAGACGCGUGGUCUUGAUACCAAAGGUGUAAAAGCAGUGCUCAUCGAGCGCUUGAGAGCACAUGUAGAAGGUUCUGCCGGCGGCGGCGAUGGAGAUGGCGCCCCACUUACACCAAGCCGUCGUCAACGUCGAACGCGAUCCAUGUCGCGGUCACCGUCGCCAGUUGCGACGGCUCCAGUUGCCACUGAACCAGAGUUAGAGACUCUGCCGGAGGAGGAACAACAUGGAGCAGAACCCGAAGUUGAAUCUGGUUCAGGAGCAGAAGUAGAGGAAGUCGAAGACGAUGAACAAGAAGAGGAACAAGAACCAGAAGAGCAAGCCACUAAGGCGGACGAGGAAGAAGUAACGGACACUGCUGUACCGUCAGCAACACAUGACGAAGAUGUGGCUAUGGCAGAUGAGCCCACUACUAUGGAGACAGUAAAUCAGGAAGAUUCCAACGACUGCCACAAACCAGCAGAGACAGAAGCGGAAACAGCAGAGAAUAAUGAUACUUCAGCUGAUGCUGAGGCUGAGGCUGAGGCAGAGGCAGAGGCUCAUGCCGAUGCUGAUAAAGUCGCUCACCAAUCCAAUGGAAACAAUGGUGAGAAAAUGGAAGUUGAUGACGAUGCUGGCACUGGCGCUGGCACCAAAACAGACAAAGAAGAUGACAAGGAGCAAGAGCUGGAGCAGGAAAAGUCAGGCGAACGGCGCAAACGAUCACACAGUAAAACACGCUCUCGCAGCAGCUCGCGCUCACCCAAACGUCGCAGUGGCGACAAGCGUGACUCCAAAUGUGGAGCAGCUGUUGAAGAGCAGCGCGCUGUAGUUGAGGAUGAACCCACCAUGGAGGAAAAUAAAGUGGGCCUCAGUUGGCUUGAUUCUGAUAUUCAUCUGGUCAUUGACUCUACCAAUUUCACAUCGGCAAAGCCACUGACCCCGGAAAUCUAUUCACUUAUUUGGUCUGGUGCACGCGCCAAUUACGGUGUGCGCGAUGGCAAGGUUUGCUUUGAGGUGCAACUCUCGGAGGAGACAGUGCCAGAGAAUGCUCAUCAUUUUCGCGAUGAACCACAUGUGCGAGGAUUUCGCGUGGGCUUCUCAACGCCGCAGUCAUCGUUGUUGCUGGGCGAAGCUGAACAUUCCUAUGGCUAUUGCGAAAGCGGUCGUAAGGCUAACAAUAGCGAGUUCAAAGAGUAUGGCAAACCAUAUCAGCUGGACGAUGUAAUUGGGUGCUACUUGGACCUGGAGAGUACGCCGUGCAACAUCAAAUACACGUUGAAUGGCGAAGAUCUUGGCAUUGCCCAUGAGUUUGAGAAGAGCGUUCUGGGCGAGGAUGGCGCACUUUUUCCACAUAUUGUCACCAAGGGCUACGAGUACACAGUGAACUUUGCUAAUGCCGAAGAGCUGCUUGUUAAUGCCGAGCGACCGACACGCAAGCGUCGCAAGCAGCGUGCCGAAUCGCAUAAAGAUGAUGACAAUGAUGGUGAGAAGUGGAAGGUGCUCGAUGAGGCAACGGCUGAUGACGAUGAGCCCGAGAAGAAGGACGAUGAAGCAAAGUCAGCUGCCACCGAGGAGGAUGGCGACGGCGACAAAGUGGCGGAGGCCAACACCGAUGCGACCAGUAAACCCGCUGAAGAGGAGCAGGCCAAAGAAGCUGUUGUUGAAGAAGAGCCCCAAUCGGAGCAACCGGAACAGGCUGAGGCUGCAGAGGCUGCAUCCCAGGAUCAAGCAAUGGAACCUGCUGAGGAAGCAGCAGAAACUCCAGCUGUUGUGCCCACUGAGUCAGCAGCUGUGACCAAUGGCGACAGUUUGCCUGAUGCUGAAGUUGCAGCCGAACCUGGAGCAUCAGCAAAAGAAUCCCCCAAAAACAAUGAAGCUUCAGCCAACGCUGUGGAGGACGAGGAAGAUGGCCCAUCGCCCAAUAAACGUACCAAAACUGAGUCGGAAACAGAAAAAUCAGCUGACAAGUCACAACCGGCUGAAGAAGAGUUCGAAGAUGUUGUGCCCAUACCACGCGAAACUGUCAGCCUGCUGCCGGACUAUGUGCUCUUGGCUUUGGUGCCCAUUGAGCAAUUGGUUGCCGGUCCUCAGCGUCCUGCCACGCGUAAAGAUUGCGAGGUCAUUCUGCUUGUUGGUCUGCCAGGUGCUGGCAAGACGCACUGGACACAAAAGCAUGUCGCAGAGAACGCCGAUAAGCGUUACGAGAUCAUUGGACCUGAUUCCAUAAUAGCCAAAAUGACGAUCGAUGGAGAAUCGCGCAAAACUGUGCACAAAGGUCGCUGGGAUAAGGUGUACGAGAUCUGUUUGAAUAGCCUCGGUGGCCUGGAAGAUAUUGCCAUGAAGCGACGUCGCAAUUUUAUACUCGAUCAGACGAAUGCGUAUGCCUCGGCCCAGCGACGUAAAAUGAAAGGUUUUAGCGACUUCAAGCGUAUUGCGGUUGUUUGCAUACCCGGCGAAGAUGAAUUGAAACGUCGCAUCGCCGAUAAAGAGGAAAAGGGAAAUGCUUUUACAGUUAAAGAAUCAACAAUAAAUAACUUACGAGCCAAUUUCACGCUGCCCUCGCUGGAGUUUGGCUGGUUUGACGACAUCAUCUACACGGAGCUGAACGGGGAUGAGGCCAAGGCCGAGGUCAAGAAAUACAAUGAGAAGGGCAAGAAGGCUAUCGAUGCGGACAGGUCGCGUGACAAGAGAUCGCGCGGCGGACGCGAUAAUUAUCGACGUGAUGACAGGCAUCGUAAUCGUCAUUUUGAUGAGCGACGUCGCGAUCAUGGUGGUCAGCGUCACGACAGUCGCUGGAGUGACUCGAGACGCGGUGGUGGCGGCGGCGGAGGAGGAGGAGGUAGCUACUCAAGCGGUGGCGGUGGCGGUGGCGGCAGUGGAGGAGGCGGUGGUAGUCGUGGCUAUGACAACCGCAAUCGCAAUUAUGGCAGCGGUGGCGGCGGAGGCGGUCAGCAAAACUGGAUGCAAAAUAAUCGCAGAAGCGGCUAUGAUGAUCGCGGCUAUGGCGGUGGUGGUGGCGGUGGCGGCGCUGGUGGAGGCAGUCGUGGCUAUGAUAAUCGCAAUCGCGGCUAUGGCGGCAGUGGUGGUGGAGGCGGCGGCGGUGGUGGCGGUGGCCAACAGAAUUGGAUGCAAAACAAUCGCAGAAGCGGCUAUGAUGAUCGCGGCUAUGGUGGAGGCGGCAGCUCGCGAGAUUAUCGCGAUCGAGAUCGUGGCGGCAAUGAUCGCAAUCGCUUGGGCAGCAAUGAUCGUAAUCGAGGCAGCAGCCAAAGCAGCUAUCGCUCCGGCGGUGGUAAUCAUCAACAACGGGAUUUUCGGCAUGGCCACCGCGACACCAAAGAAGAUAGUCGCGGUGGCUAUGAGCGGUCAGCUGCACAAGCGCUGCCCAAAUACGGCAAUAACUCGGCCCAAGUUGCCAGCUACGAUCAGUACAAGCAGCAGCAGCAUUCGAGCGGAGGUCAACAGUCCGGCUCCAAGUCCGCGCUAAGUGGCAAAUGGAGCACCUAUGCCCAGCACCAACAGCAGCAGCAACAGACGCAGCAUCAGCAACAUCAACAGGCCGGCGUCUGGCAGCAGCAACAGCCACAACAGCAACAACAAUACCAGCAGCAGCAACAGACGCAUCAGACCGCAGGCCCACAGCAACAACAACAACAACAAUACUGGAACUAUAACCAGAUGCAGGGUUAUGGCAACCAGCAGCAACAAUCAGCCUGGCAAGGCGCUGAUCAACAGCAACAACAACAGCAAUGGAUGUCCUGGUGGCAGCAGCAGCAGCAACAGGGCGCCGGCGGGGGAGCAGCGACCAAUAAUGCCGGUGGUAGUGCGGGUGGCACUACGGGCGCGGCUGGCAACAAUGAUGGCGGUGCCACCAAUCAUUAUUGGUCUCAAUAUUCAUACUCUACACAGUCCAAUGCGGGCGUCGACAAGAAAUAGAAGCAGCUAACAAAUCGGUGCACAUAUUUUUGCCGUCGCAAGGCCACAUUCAUUUAUAAACAAUACACACAAACACACACACUUAAACACACACACACAACAAGAAGGAAACCAACUUUAAAGUAUAGUUUUUAAACAUAAUACAAAUCAAUCAAAAAGCGAGCAUAAAUUUAGUGUAGCCAGUUUAUAAGCGUCUGGAAAGUCCAAACAAACAAACAAAAAAGUAACCUUAACAACAGUUUCUCUCACUAUAUAAACAACAACAAACUGUGUGAACGAUGAAAGAACUGUUGAUUUUUUAACAAACAACAAAAAAUCAUGUAUUUACUUGCUGCAUAAAUUUGUCAUUGCGACCUUUGGGAUGAAAGAGAAAAUGCAAACCAAUCUUACAUUUAUUGUGCAUUAUGUGAAAUGGUUUAUAUUAUAUUUUGUUUAUUUCUUCGCCAAUUAGCAUUCUCUUGUUUGUUUUUCCAAAACGAAAGCAAUAAAGAACGUUAAUUGAACUUCUU